AUGGACACCGGCCCUCCCCCCCUGGCGGGCAUCAAGGUGCUCGAAUUCGCCGGCCUCGCCCCAGGCCCCUACGCCGGCAUGCUCCUCGCCGACGCCGGGGCCUCGGUGCUGCGCAUCGACCGGCCCGGCGCCGCGCCCACGGCCGACGUGCUGACGCGGCGCAAGGCCUCGCUGGCCGUGGACCUCCGGGCCGACAGCGCCGGCGCGGCGCUGGUCAAGGAGGUGGUGCGCGCCGCGGGCGUCGACGUGCUCAUCGACCCGUUCCGCCCGGGCGUGCUGGAGCGCCGCGGCCUCGGACCCGACGCCCUGCUCGCCCUCAACCCGCGCCUCGUCUACGCGCGCCUGACGGGCUUCCGGCGCGACGGCCGGUACCGCGCCAUGGCCGGCCACGACAUCAACUACCUGGCCGUCUCGGGCGCCCUCAGCCUGCUGGGCCGCGCCCACGACACCCCCCUGCCGCCCACCAACCUGCUCGCCGACUUUGCCGGCGGCGGCGCCACCCUCGUCCAGGGCAUCCUGCUCGCCCUGGUGGCGCGCCACGCCUCGGGCCGCGGGCAGGUCGUCGAGGCAAACAUGGUCGACGGCGCCGCCCACCUGGCCACCUUCCCGCGCCUGAUGCUCGCCACGCCGCUGGGCGACCGCGGCCGCGGCCGGAACCUGCUCGAUGGCGGCUGUCCGUACUACGACACGUACGCGACGCGCGACGGCCGCUACAUGUCCGUCGGCGCCCUCGAGCCGCGCUUCUUCCGCCAGCUCGUCGACCGCCUCGCCAUCGCCCGCGCCUGGUGCGAGGACCGCGCCGACCCGGCCCGCUGGCCCGCCCUGCGCCGCGACAUGGCCGCCGCCUUCCGCCGCCGGACCAGGGCCGAGUGGGAGCGUGUCUUUGACGGCUCCGAUGCCUGCUGCGUGCCCGUGCUCGACUACGCCGAGCUGCGCGCCGAUGCCGCGCGCGAGGGCGACCAGCGGCCCGCCGUCGCCCUGCGCCGCAACCCCUGCCUCGCCGUCACACAGCGGCCGCCCCCGGGCCCCGACGCCGCCGAUGCCUCCGUCCUCGGCCAGGGCCCCGGCGUCCCCGGCGAUGGCUACGACGCCGAGCCUCUCGCCCCGGGCCAGGGCGCCGACCACGUCCUCGAGAGCUGGCUGGGCUGGAAGAGGGGGAGAGAUUACCACGUCGGCCCCGGGGGAUUCGUGCUUGACCAGCACGCCGGGCCCAAGCUGUAA